UCUAAUUCUUCUUGAAAAUAUCUACAUGUCCGGAUAGAUAAUCUGCAGGGAAUUUAAUAUAUAUCAUCAUGAGCUGCAAUGGUUGUAGGGUUCUUCGAAAGGGUUGUAGCGAUACCUGUAUUCUGAGGCCUUCUUUGCAGUCGAUUGAAACCGCCGCCGCACAAGGCCACGCCACCAUCUUCCUCGCCAAAUUCUUCGGCCGCGCCGGCCUCAUCUCCUUCAUCUCCGCCGUACCCGACACUCAAAGACCUGCUCUUUUUCAGUCCCUGUUGUUUGAAGCUGCCGGAAGAACAGUGAACCCCGUCAAUGGUUCCGUGGGGCUUCUGUCCUCCGGAAACUGGCAUAUCUGCCAAUCCGCCGUGGAGACCGUCCUCCGCGGCGGCGCGUUGAAGCCACUUCCUGAGUUUAUGGAUCCCGACGACAGUUCCGAGUGCACCGACAUCAUGUUCAAAAUCCAAGACGAUCCUUGCCGGAGUACUUCACUCCCCAAGGUGCAGAAACGCCGCCGUUCACCGGACGAUGACCUCGAUCUGAGCUUGUCGCCGGAUUUUACGGGCAAGAAAAGCAGCCCUUUGCCUGAGAAGCGGCGGCACGGUAGCCCAUCUAUGAAUUCGGAGGAAUCUCUAACGACUACCUGCCAAAAUCAACCACCUACCGAAAUCAAGCUUCUAAACCUCUUUUAAUUAAUUAAUCAAUUAAUUUAAUUAGGUCGUAAUUAAGAAUAAAAGCUGCUAGAAUUUCUUUUAAUCUCUCUCCUUUUGUUUUCAUUUUUAGUUUUUCUUUUUAUUAUUCUUUCUUCCAUUAAUUAGGGGUUUUGUUUCUUGAGUAAAAUCGCUGGCACAAGAUUUAAAUAAGUGGAAUAAACACGAAGUAUUAUUAU